CUCGCGGCAGUAAACAUGGCGAACGGCUAACGGAAUCGUUGCGUUCAUUUAGUUUUGAAGGCUCUGUGUUUCCUUCUAUAUACUGACAAAGCACGUUUUUCUUUGCGUUGAGAAUCCGGGUGGGGGGGAGGCGCGUGAAAGUUAUCGCGCUCCAUUUGUAUUUCUCGAGCAAAAGGGUGAAGAAGACACACUGCAACAAUGGGGCGACGUUCAACCUCUUCCACCAAAAGUGGAAAGUUCAUGAAUCCCACCGACCAGGCCAGAAAGGAGGCCAGGAAAAGGGAGCUGAAAAAGAACAAGAAGCAGAGGAUGAUGGUCAGGGCAGCUGUGCUCAAGAUGAAGGAUCCCAGACAGAUCAUAAGAGACAUGGAGAAACUGGAUGAAAUGGAGUUCAACCCAGAUCAGCAGCCCUUGUUGAAUGAGAAGGUGUUAAGGGACAAGAGGAAGAAGCUCCGAGAGACGUUUGAGCGCAUUGUCCGACUGUACGAGAGAGAGAAUCCUGACACCUACAAGGAGCUGCGGAAGCUGGAGCUGGACUAUGAGACCAAACGGGGGCAGCUGGCUCUGUAUUUUGACUCAGUCCAGAAUGCACAGUCAGUGGAAGUUGAUAGCAUCCCUUUGCCUGACAUGCCACAUGCCCCAUCCAACAUCCACAUCCAGGAUAUCCCUUUACCAGGGGCUCAGCCUCCAUCUAUACUGAAGAAGACCUCCACCUUUGGCAAAGGCCCUCUAUCGUCCACUGGGCCAGUUGCAACAGUGCCAGGUGUCCCACGCUUACCUCCAGGGAAGAAGCCUCCCGGGCCUCCACCCGGACCCCCACCUCCACAGGUCCUGGCGCUUUACGGUAUCCCAGCUAGACGCGCUUAUGGCUCCGUCACAGAGCCGUCCAUUCCCGGUUUAGAAAAGGACUCGGCAAUGGAUUUUGGCAGAAAUCGGGACAGUGGCAGCGAGAGUGACAGAGAUGACAUGGACGAUGACGACGACAGCGACUCAGAGGAGGACAGUGAAGACGAGAGAAACGAAGGAGACGACCAGAGGGCCCGUGCCGACCGCCACGAUGACGACAGGGAAAAAGAUGGGGGUAGAGACAGAAUUGGCAGUCGCAGCGUUCGGUUUGCAGACAUGCCUGCGGAGGCUUCUCGCGAUGGGAAAAGAAAGAAAAAGAGAGUGGUGAAGAAAACCAAGGCCAUUACUCCUCUGCAAGCCAUGAUGUUAAGGAUGGCAGGGCAGUCCGUUCCUGAGGACGAAGAAGACGAGGAGGUGGAGGAGGAAUACACUGAUGAGUCGGACACAUCCGACACUGAGGACAGGGGGCCGCCAGGGGACUGUCAGGCCCAUGUGAUGGCCAGUCAGCGCAUGCCUCCCCCAGCCGGGCCUGUGGGACAGCAAGGACCCCCACCUUUACAAGGACCCCCAAUGACAGGGCCUCCCCCACUGGGUCCACCCCCAGCUCCUCCAAUGAGGCCUCCUGGUCCACCUUCCGGCCCUCCUCCCGGACCCCCACCUGGGGCUCCUCCAUUCUUGAGGCCACCUGGUAUGCCUGGUGGAAUACGGGGUCCAAUGCCCCGAUUACUGCCCCCAGGUCCUCCGCCGGGACGACCACCUGGUCCCCCACCGGGUCCUCCGCCCGGUCUCCCACCAGGCCCGCCACCACGUGGGCCCCCUCCCAGACUACCACCCCCAGCGCCGCCAGGUAUCCCUCCUCCUCCUCCGAGAGCAGGCGGGCCCCCCCGUCCCAUGGCGCCCCCACUGGCCAUGUUUCCUCCACCACUCUCCUCCAAUGUGCUCAGUGCUCCUCCCAACAUCGUCCAGAGGCAAAAAGCUCCUGGGUCCGGCCCGGACGGCUCGCAGAGCAACAUGCCCCCCCCAUCCAUGCCCAUGCGUCCGGGUGUCAUGGCAAUGCCCCCUCCCCCCGGCACAGCCGCCGCCACGAACAACCCUCCCGGCCACCACCACGCUCCCACCAUCGAGAAGCGUGCCAACAUCACCUCGGUGGCGGCGGCCGGAGGCGGCCUGGCGGCGGGCGCCGGCUCGGGCGGGGCCACCAUCUCCGCCAAACCUCAGAUUAUCAACCCCAAGGCGGAGGUCACGCGCUUCGUGCCCACAGCGCUGAGGGUGCGCAGGGACAAGAGCGGAGCCACGCCCGGGGCAGCAGCCGGGCUGCACGACAAAGCCGGGGCCGGCGCUGGAGGAAGGAGGGGAGACGACGGUAUGGUCGGCCAGUGGCAGAAACACCACGCGUCCGCGCUUCAAACGGGAUUGGCCAACCCGUCCCAGAUGGGCGCCGUGACUCAGCCCAGCAUGAAGACUAAAGACCAGGUCUACGAGGCCUUCAUGAGGGAGAUGGAAGGACUUCUUUGAGAUUCGAGGUGCAUUGGGCAAAGGAGGGGUUUCGUCCAGCUCCUUGAACAUGUUUCCCAUGUGUUUCCUGCAAAGAGCAAUGGAUGUGGAUGUUUUCAGAGCGUUCAACUAGAUCAGUUCCUUUCAAAUGACCCUAACUUGGUCUGAACAUUUGACCUCGUGAAGAGAAUGUCAAUUUGUCAAGAAUAAAACAUUGAUCAUAGAUGUUGAAGUCAAAGCAUUUAAGCUGAACACUAGGCUCUGAGUAGAAUGCAUUCUUCUUAAGUAUGUUUGUUGUUUUCUUUUUUUACCGUACAACAGCUUUUUUUUCUUCUACCCAUCUGUUUCUCUUGGCCAUUAAAAGCAGUUUUUUUAUUAUUGAACAGUUGUUUAUUGUAUUUGUUUUCAUCAAAAACAUGGAAGCUGGAUUUAAGAAAAUUUGUCUGACAUUGACAGUAUCCAACUUUGACUGGCAGUUCAAUAAACUCAUAAAACAUC